AUGAAAGAUAUUUGUCAGCAUUUACCGAGUUUACGUUUACGAUCCAUCACAUCAAUGGCUCAUGGGCCUCGUUUGCAAGUUUCACCAUCUGGGUCAACUCUGAUGCGGGAGGGGACUACGUCACUUCUAGUUGCUGCGAUAAUGACUGAAUCGUAUGUCGAGCUGUCUCCAGAAGUUCGUAUAAUGUUUCAUCAAGCUUAUGCCAAUGAUCCUGAGUCUUAA